GCCGAGCCGCUGCGGCGGCGGGGGAACCUGCGGCCGGUGAGUGUCGGGUGGGCGGCCGCCUCGGCUCCCGCGGCUCUCCGUCUCCCGGGGACCUUCCCCGCGCCCCGCGCAGCCUCGGGCGGGCGGAGCCCUGAGUCGACUACUGGUGCUUUAAAGAUGCGUGCAAGCAAUGAAGAGGAACUGGAAAACGAAGGGUUAAGGACGUGCUCCAUUCUGCAGGCACCCCUCUCCAGCUCCCAUCUCGCUUGGGUUUGUGCUCGGCUGAAAAAGAGCAGAGGUAAUUACCAUCGGUCCCCGGGUGCCAGCACACAAAGGCAGCUUCUGCCCAGGUUCAGUGGCAAAUAUGAACAUUUGUCAACAUUUGACAUCAGCUCCUUGGGACAUCAUGAAUUUGCUGGAAUCUAGACGACAGAGCAUUUGCAAUAGCGCCUUUUAAAUUUUAAUUUUAUUUAAGUUAAAGAAAAAUAAUAUCACCUGGAUUAAUCGUAACGAUGGCGAGCAAAAGGAAAUCCACGACCCCUUGCAUGAUCCCAGUAAAAACACUGGUGCUUCAGGAGACUGAACUGGAGACUGUCGAAGAGGAACCUGAAGGAACGCAGCAAGAUGCUCCCACUGAAGGGCUGGCCCCGAGCAAUGCCGGUGCCACCACCAGCAGCAGCGAAGCAUUGUCCAAUGGGUACCGCAGCAUCACCGAUGGGGACACUUACAUCUGCAAGUGCUGUGACUUUGGGUCUCAAGACGUUCAGCAUUUCUUCGGGCACCUGGACUCCGAGCACUCGGACUUCAGCAAAGAGCCCGCGUUUGCGUGCGUUGCGUGCAGCUUUCUGGCGAGAAGCCACGAAGGGCUCUCACAGCACAACGCGGAGUCGCACGCCAGCGAAACGAGCUUUGUCUGGAGGGUGGCUAAGCAGGACAGCCGUACGGUCGUGGAGCAAAGCCUCUCGGAUGCUGCUAGCAGCCACGACCCUCCGGUAGAGGUCCCCGAGGAAGUGGUAGAUGGUCAGUCUGAAAUCAUCAUCACCAAAACCCCCAUCAUGAAGAUAAUGAAAGGCAAACCUGAGGCCAAAAAGAUCCACACGCUGAAGGAGAAUGUGCCGAGUCAGCUGGGCGCUGAGUCGGAGGUGAAGGACGGAGAGGCUUCGUUCACCAGCGGCUCGGCACCGGUCAGCCAGGCCACCACGAGUGCCACGAAAUCAUCUCAUGUAGUGAACGGCUCCAUCAUUGGAAACGUGCCCGUUCUGCCGGCGGGCGUUGCACAGCUCGUUUCACUGCAGCAGCAGCCUCCCCUGCAUCAGCAGCUACCUACGUCCAAGUCCCUUCCCAAGGUGAUGAUUCCCCUGAGCAGCAUUCCCACGUACAAUGCAGCCAUGGACUCCAACAGCUUCCUGAAAAACUCUUUCCACAAGUUUCCCUACCCCACAAAAGCUGAGCUCUGCUACCUGACCGUGGUGACAAAAUACCCCGAAGAGCAGCUGAAGAUCUGGUUCACUGCUCAGAGGUUGAAGCAGGGCAUCAGCUGGUCCCCGGAGGAGAUAGAAGACGCCAGGAAGAAGAUGUUUAACACGGUCAUCCAGUCCGUGCCGCAGCCCACCAUCACGGUGCUGAACACGCCGCUAGUUGCCAACCCUGGCAGCGUCCCACACCUCAUCCAGGCGACUCUGCCGGGCCACGUGGUGGGGCAGCCCGAGGGCACGGGCGGGCUGCUGGUCACGCAGCCCAUCAUGGCCAACGGGCUGAAGGGCACCAGUUCCUCCUUCACCUUGGCAGUGAGCUCUGUCCCCAAGCCCCCACCGGUGGCCCAGCACAGCACGGUGAGCUCCGGCAGCGCCUCGGCACUGAAGGUGGUCACGGCCACGCCGUCGGUGCUCACCGCCUGCCCGGCCAUCUCCUCGCAGACCUUUCUGGAUCCCAACGUCUUCAAGAACAAGAAGUCCCACGAGCAGCUCUCUGCCUUGAAGGGCAGCUUCUGCAGGAAUCAGUUCCCUGGGCAGGCUGAGGUCGAGCGGCUGACAAAAAUAACUGGCCUGUCCACGAAGGAGAUUCGGAAGUGGUUCAGUGACAGGAGAUACCACUACAGGAACGUGCGAGGUGGCAGGGCCAUCUUCCCCGGAGACAGCGCUCUCGACUCUCUGCCCGAAAUCCCCUUUGAUGUGCCUCCCAAGGGAGCGGAGCUGACACCUGCGGCUGCGGCCACACCGGUCCUGCAGCACCCGGGCAGGCGGCAGUCCUGGCACCAGGCGCCCGACUUCACACCCACCAAGUACAAGGAGCGCGCGCCGGAGCAGCUGAAGGCCCUGGAGAGCAGCUUUGCCCAAAAUCCUCAGCCCCCGGAGGAAGAGGUGAAUCGCUUGAGGGGGGAAACAAAGAUGACGCGGAGGGAGAUUGACAGCUGGUUCACAGAGAGGAGGAAGAAGAAAGUGGCGGAGGAGAGCAAGAAAGUGGAGGAAGCAGGGCCGCUGGAGGAAGAGGAGGCUGAGAAUGGCUGUGGGGAAGGAGAAGACUCUUUGGAUGACCUGAGGGCCCUGGGUGAGAACGGCUCACUCGAUGCCUCCGCCAACUCAGCCGAGCGCAAGGUGAGUCCCAUCAAAAUCAACCUGAAGAACCUCCGCGUGACAGAGUCCAAUGGCAAGGGAGAAGUCCCCGGCACCGCUGCAGGUGAGAAGGGGGACGGCGGCAGCAACCAACCCCCCAGCCCUCCCAAACCCAAACUGAACUUCAAGAAAACAGCCCAGCAGCGGCACUUACUGAAGCAAAUGUUCGUGCAGACGCAGCGGCCCACGAACCAGGAGUACGACGCCAUCGUGUCGCAGACCGGCCUGCCGCGGGCCGAAGUCAUCCGCUGGUUUGGCGACAGUCGGUACGGCUACAAGAAUGGGCAGCUCAAGUGGUAUGAGAACUACCGGCGCGGCAUCUUCCCCCCGGGCCUGCUGGAGGUGAGCGCGGCGGGGCAGGAGGUGCUGGAGGAGCACUACAAGAAGCACAAGGCGCUGCGCGAGGAUGAUCUGCCCGGGCUCUGCGAGCGCGCCCAGCUCAGCGCCCAGCAGGUGAAGGUGUGGUUUGCAGCAAAGGUGGAGGAGGAAACCCGGGGCACUUCUGAGGACGCCUUCUCCAGCAGCGAGCAGACGGGGAGCCAGAAAGGGCCGCCUGACACCAGCCUGGAGGUGUCGGAGAACAGCGAGCCCUGGGAGCCGGGCGGCCCGGAGGGGGCAGCUGAGCCCCCCGGAGCCCCCGUCCAGCCGCCCGCCACACAGCUCGAAACAGACUGAACUCAAACCACUUGUCCCAGAGGAUCCGCUCUUACCUUUGAGAAGUUUUUGGUCUUUAAGAAGUUGAUGGGCUGGUCUGAUACAGACAUCAGGAGCAGGACACGGUGAUGAAGCACUGCCAUAAAUGAGACCUUUGAGUGCAGCACAAGAGAGAGUGCAAACUGGGCACUGAGUGCAGAGCUCUGGCCCAGCCCAGGAGAUGGCUGAGGGCUGGCAGAGGUGGGGGCCGUGGGCUCAGCUCACACCCAGGAAAUAGGAUGCUCUUGUUUGCUUUCCAGUGGACAGACUUUCAGAUUUCAUAUUCAUAUACCGAUGCCUACAGCUGCCUAUACAAGCAUAACGAAUCUCAGACAUUGUGUAAACAAGGUCAUUGCUUAGAUAUGGACUAUUAUGGCACAAUACGUUUUUUUUCAUCUGUCCGUUAAGGUGUUUGUUCUCUAAAGGCUGGCAUGGCUGCAUAUAUCCUCUCUGCCUUUUUCAGUCCCUGAGCUCUGGCGCUGAAGAGUUCUGCAGGGUGCACACACGUGUGUACGUGUGGCUGUGUGUUAGGAAAGGUACCUGAGAAAGAAGCUGCCAGUCUUGCAUUGAGGUCAGGUGGGAGCUCAGUGCUCAUCCUGAGGGGUGAGGCCAGAUUUAGCACUGCGUACUCUUCAUUAAGCAGCCGCAAACCCAGGAGAGGGAUUUUGGUGUUGUCUGUCCCCUGUUGGCCAAAACACGUUCCCUUUUGCAGUUGGAGACUGACUGCAGCAGGCUGUUCAAUCUCCAAGUCUCCCUUUAAUCACUGAGAACUAGCACAUAAUAAUUUUUCCAUCCUGACCUGGAAUCCUUUUCAUUGUUUGGAGAGAACAAGCCGUUCUGCAGAGAACAAACACGGAGAACGCGCAGAGUUGCUGAGAGUGGUUCAAGCCAUUGUUGUCUCCGGGGGCUCUGCGAGGCAGCAGCAGUUGGGAAGUUUCCCUCUUCCAGCCCUCCGUGACUAUGACUGAUCCUCCAGCAGCAGUGCUGAUAACUUCAAGUAUUUGCU